AUGUCUAAUGCAGUUACCUCAUCAGCUCGAAAGGAUAGUGACUCCUCUCAAAUUUCCCAAUCAUUUCGCGAUCAGAAACAAAUCGAGGCAUUUAUUCGACGAAAACAUUUUAUCAAAAUAAUUGAAGGCGCAGUCGAACAAUUUACGAAAAAGUAUAGCGAGGGCAAGAAACCAGAAGAUGCUCUAGGUGCUUUACUGGUGCCCCUAUGCCUUGAAUACGCCGAUUUCAUACACAAUAGUGGCAAUAUUGAUCUGCUGCAUUUGGCUGUGGAAGAACCACUACAAUUUUUAAACGCCGCUAAAUAUUGCGUAUACGCACUUGUUCGAGAUCUUAUUAAACUAUCUGGAAGUACAGAAGAGCGUGGCGCACUUAAAUCCAUAGAUAUUGAUCAGGUGCAUCUUCAGCUUCGUUUCGUCGGUUUGCCGCUUCAGGAAGAUUUGCACUUCGCACACUUUAGAAAUCGCUGGCUGCCAGGGCUUUCGUGGGCAACGGGAAUUUUGUCGGCAAUUUCUGAACCUCAGUCGGCAAUGUGA